GGCUUUUGCGUAGGUCCGUCAGUCUGUCGUAACGUGGCGGCGCUGCGCUCGUGUGUGCCGCAGGAGUGGCCUGAACUGUCAGUUUAUGUAGUUUUCUGUGAUAAGAAUUACUGUGAAAUUAUAGAAUAGCUUACUAAUUAAUAAAAAAUAGCACGAUGUCCGCGUCUGGUGAAUUCGGUAAUCCCUUGCGCAAGUUUAAAUUGGUUUUUCUUGGUGAACAGAGCGUGGGAAAAACAUCACUCAUCACAAGGUUCAUGUAUGAUAGUUUCGACAAUACUUACCAGGCAACAAUUGGCAUAGACUUCCUGUCGAAAACAAUGUACCUAGAGGACCGUACAGUGAGACUGCAACUGUGGGACACAGCGGGCCAGGAGCGAUUCCGCUCGCUCAUACCUUCUUACAUUAGAGAUUCAACAGUUGCCGUUGUAGUAUAUGACAUUACCAAUGCGAAUUCAUUCCACCAAACGUCGAAGUGGAUCGACGACGUGCGCACGGAGCGAGGCUCCGACGUCAUCAUCAUGCUGGUCGGCAACAAGACAGACCUGUCGGACAAGCGGCAGGUCUCCACGGAGGAGGGCGACAGGAAGGCGAAGGAGCUCAACGUGAUGUUCAUUGAGACCAGCGCCAAGGCCGGCUAUAAUGUUAAACAGUUAUUCCGACGGGUAGCAGCCGCCCUUCCCGGAAUGGAUUCAGCUGAAAGCAAGCCUCCCGAAGACAUGCACGAGGUGAUACUGCGACAAGCGCCCGGAGACAGCAAGGAGCCGGACGGCGGAUGCGCGUGUUAAUGUUUCCCGCCAAAUUGUAUGUUCCAUUUUGAGGUUAUAAUGACGCGUAUGCAUGAGGCGCUAUGGGACAACCGUCAAGUGUCAACUGUCAUCUGUUAUAUAUGUAGUCUAUGCUCGUGGGCAAAGGACUUGGUGCAUUCAGCCCAAUUCGUUUACGUCAAUUAUGCGUUUCACGGUGUUGUCGUGUAUGCUAAAUUAUUAUUACACCUAUAUUAAUGUGCAAUUAUGCAACGAUUGUUAUCUAACGCUAUGUCGCUCUAAUUUUAUUUUGGCAGCUAAACCACUGUAUGUGAACAUUUAUUUUUACUACAAUUUAUAUCAAAAUUUUAUUGUAUGAUUUAUGACAUAAGGAGUUAGUCAAUUCUGCAGAUAAAAGAUAAUUUAUUUUGAAAUUUCAAAUUUUUAGGAAGCAAUAACAUCAAUAAAGUUAGUGCGGCGUUGUAUUUAGUGAUGCUGUGCUUUUGUGUCUAUCGGCCUGAGUGAUAUUAGAUGUAAAUUAGUUUACAAACUUUUUAAGUGACUGACAACUGUUUUCCACAGACAAAUUAUAAUUUUUUAUUUACACUAUUGUAAUUAAAAACAACAUAUUAAUUAUUUAUAUAUAUAGUUUAUUACA